UUUUAGGACGAUGGUGAAGAGGCAAAGAGACCAAGACACGGGGCAUCAACGAACGGUUCAUGGCAUCCCAAGAAACACGAGGAAAAUAACACAUGCACAGAGACACAAAUGGAUGAAGAUAUCACAAUAGAGAAUAAUCCAACAAAACCUUUGAAUCAUAAUAUAGAGAAGCAUGAGGAAAAUAACCCAGGCACAGAGACACAAAUGGAUGAAGAUAUCACAACAAAGAAUAAUCCAACUAAACCUUUGGAUCAUACUAUAGAGAAGAUAAAACUCGAAAUGGAAGAGAAUGGAUUUGAGUACCUUCCUCCUAAAGCUCACCCAAAGAUUGGGUAUAUUCACUAUAGGAGGCAGAAAAUAGACGCUAUUCUUAUCAUGAGGAAACAAAUGAAGGGAAUCCAAAGGAGACAAAUCCCCAUCUACCACCUCUACUAUAAGCGGGAUCACUUCUUACAUCGUAAUGAUACUGUAUUUUUACUUGAUUUGCAUACCUAUUGAAUCCUGAAUCAUGCAUCGAUAUAAGUUACUAUGUUUACAAUCUGAUACUGUUGAACUGUGUUUAUAUCAUUCAAAUAUGCUCGAGCCAUAAGAUGAGAGCAUUUUUUUGGAUAACAAGUGUUGUGUUAUUUAUAGCUUUGCUUUCU